UGAAUGUGGCCUCUGCUUGGAGUGGCAUACGUAGCGCUGAGGGACUUCCACAUCUCAUAAGCAGUCGUUGUGUUGGUGACAAGCGACUGGAUCGAAGGCGACAGAGUUCCUAAUAGGCCACUGUAUAUGAGACGAUCUUGGCGGUGCCACUUCGUGUGUUCUGGGUUUGUGACAGUCGCGUCAUCGACGGUGAUCGUUGGAGGAGGGGCUGGUGAAGAUCCAUCGAGGUGACCAGCUAAAGCGUAGCCGUUAAGUAAAGCAUGGAGCUGAGGGUUCCACGUCAUGUAGUUCGUUGAUGUGAGUUUGUUGACGUUAACCAUGUUAAUGUUGAGAAGAGGUUUUGUGGCGUCGAGUUCUUCAGCGAUAGCAGCCAUGGUGUUUUUGGUGAGAAGAGAUCGAGAUCGGGAUGAGAUGAGGGUGUGGCGGCUGCUAAAUUUUUUUUUUUUUUUUUUUAGGGUAAUCCGUAUUGCUCUGAUACCAUGCAGAAGUUGUAUUUCAUAUAUCUUUCACAAUGUACAAGAGUUCCAAUAUAUACAAGAAGACUAGAGAAGAUAUUAACAACAUUCUUUAGAGAGGAACUAGAAUAUUAUGCAGUAAAUGGUAGAUCUUCAUCGUAUAUUCUUCUUAUCCUUACACUUUCCUGUUCUUUCUCUUUUGUUAGGGCAAAUGAAGCGGACAUGAUCAAGCAAAUUGCCAGAGACGUUUCAGAUAAACUCAAUGCUACACCGUCUAGAGACUUUGAUGGCAUGUUGGGACUUGAACCUCACAUAAGAGAAUUGAAGUCUUUACUAAAUUUAGAUGAUAAUGGAGUUAUGAUGGUUGCAAUCACUGGUCCUGCGGGCAUUGGUAAGACCACCAUUGCUAGUAGGGCUUUACAAAAUCAAAUCUCUAAUAGGUUUCAGCUUACUUGUUUUGUGGACAACCUUAGGGAAAACAAUCAUAGUGGUUUUGAUGAACAUGGUUGGAAGCUGCGUUUACAGGAGCAAUUUCUUUCAAAUCUCUUGAAUCUUGGUAGAAUUAGGAUAGGCCAUUCUGGUGUGAUAGAAGAAAGGCUAUCCAAGCAUAGGGUGCUCAUCAUUCUUGAUGAUGUGUACCAUAUAAAGCAAUUAGAAGCGCUAGCAAAUAAAACAACAUGGUUUGGUUCUGGAAGCAGGAUUAUAAUUACCACAGAAAACAAAGAGAUUUUGCAGCAACAUGGUAUCAAAAAUAUGUACCGUGUGGGGCUUCCAUCUGAUGAACAAGCGCUCAAGAUCUUAUGCAGAUAUGCUUUUGGAAACAACUCUCACAACCAGGGUUUUGAAAAGCUUGUACCAAGAGUGACAAAGCUUUGUGAUAACCUUCCGUUGGGUCUAAGUGUUGUGGGUUCAUCUUUGCGUGGGAAGGAGGCGGAUGAAUGGGAAGAGGUACUGAGCAGGCUGGAGACUAAUCUUGAUCGAGAUAGCGGAACUAUUCUUGAUCGAGAUAUUGAGGACGUACUAAGAGUGGGCUAUGAGAGCUUAGAUGAGAAUGAGCAAACGCUAUUCCUCCACAUUGCAGUCUUUUUCAACUAUAAAAGUUGGAAUCUCGUGAACACCAUGUUCGAUGACAGUGACUUGGAUGUCAAACAUGGGUUGAAGAUCCUUGUAAACAGAUCUCUCAUCAUAGAGACCAUUGGAUAUGAGCAUAGAAUAGUGAUGCACAGAUUACUAGAACAAAUGGGUAAAAAAGCCAUUCAAAAACAAGACCCUUGGAAACGCCGGAUCUUGAUGAAUGCUCGGGAGAUUUGUGAUGUUCUUCAACAUGCCAAAGGUACAUGGAAUGUUCUUGGUAUAUCGUUUGAUAUAUCAAGAAUCAACGAACUAUCCAUCAGCAAGAAAGCUUUUAAAAGAAUGACUGAUCUCCGAUUCCUCAAAAUUUACAAAAGACAAUAUGACGGGAAUGAUAGAAUGCAUAUACCGGAGGAGAUUCAGUUUCCGUGCGGACUAAGGUUACUAGAUUGGGAAGCAUAUCCGAGCAAGUGUCUUCCUCCUACGUUCAAUCCUCAAUAUCUUGUUGAACUCAGUAUGAAGAAUAGCAAGCUCGCGAAGCUAUGGGAAGGGAUCAAGCCGCUUGCAAAUCUCCAGAAGGUGGAUUUUUCAGGAUCUGUUCAUUUGAAGGAACUUCCCGAUCUUUCAAAUGCUACAAAUCUUGAGAAGUUGGAUCUAAUAGGCUGCGGGAGCUUGGUAGAGAUUCCAUCCUCUUGUUCGAAUCUUCAUAAACUACAGAAGUUGUGGGUGAGUGGAUGCAUAAACCUACAAGUAAUUCCAGCUCGCAUGAACUUGGCAUCCCUUGAUGAAGUCUUCAUGAGAGGAUGCUCAAGGUUGAAAAACAUUCCAGUCAUGUCAACGAACAUCAGAAAACUGUGUAUAUCUGAGACAGCGGUUGAAGAUGUGCCUGCAUCAACUACGCUGUGGACUCGUCUUACGUCUCUCAGUAUAAACAAAGGUGGAAAGCUAAAGAGAUUAACAUAUCUCCCCAAGAAUGUCACAGAUCUAGACCUAAGCUAUUCUGAUAUUCAAAAGAUCUCAGAUAGUAUCAAAGCCCUUCAUCAGCUACGGAACCUUAAUCUAGCUGGCUGCACAAGACUCGCGUCAUUACCAAAGCUCCCUGGCUCGGUCAAAACCAUAAUAGCGGAAGACUGUGAGUCACUGGAGACCGUAUCUAGCUCUUUGAACAAUCCAAAUGCGCGGCUCAAUUUCAUCAACUGCUUCAAACUUAGUCAACAAGCAAGAAGAGCAAUUUUUAAACAAUCUUUCUUUACAGGAGGGGCACUCUUACCAGGAACAGAAGUGCCUGAAGAGUUCGAUCACCGAGGAAGAGGAACCUCAUUGACUAUUCGUCCAGACGGUAACCCUUACAGCGGCUUUGUGGUUUGCGUCGUGAUUUCUCCUAAGCAGCAAGAGUUUAGUUUUUCCCAGCUAAAGUGUCGUCGCAUAGGCGUAGCUCAAGACGACUUCUAUCCAGUUGAAAUGUUGGUCUACGUAGGCGAAGUCCACAAGUUUCGAAGGGAGCAUCUAUUUGUUUUCGACUCUCGGUUUCUAGAGUUCUACCCAUCUGAUAUGAGCAGAGAGAUAGUACUCGAGCUGAGCAGCAACUCCAACGAUUUCAAUAUUAUUGACUGUGGUGCCAGGAUCUUGACCGACGAGAAUGGGAGCGAUGAAUGUGGCUUAGACGACCAAGUGUUAGAAGACGAAACUGAGCUUGGACCUGCCGAAGCAUUUGAAUAUGGCCUCGAACAUACAAAUGAAGCAGUCUGUUACUCGGAAGAAGUGGACGGUGGAAAACGUACUGAUUGUUGGAGUUAGCUCUUGCUCUGCUUCGAUCUCUCCCGUUUGACAAGAUUUGUUUCGGGAAGAAGACGAUAAAAUCUGGACAUAACUAGGGCAGAUGUCUAUAGAUAUGCGAUGCUGAGGUUAUUGUAGUUAGACUGAAGAUAUUAUAGAUCUUGUUAAUUCGGGAAGUGGUUUAAAUUUCAUUCCACCGUAAAAGUUCAUAUUCUUUACCAGACAAAGAUUGAUUAGUUAUCAUUUAUCAA